GAAGGAGGUGAAAGGAGAGAAGAAGGAGGAGGUAAAAGGAGGGAUUGCUAGAAGAAGCCUCCUUGACUAGGCAAGGGCGCUCCAGACCAGCGGAGAUCCUCGCUGGGCUCUCCGGACUCCGUCCCGGGUGGCAAUUGAACUCCGUUCCGCCCGUGCCAGCUCACCGUCCCCAAUGUGCCUGCCGGCGGGGAAGCAACACGAUGCCGUGAUGAGCUCGACCGCUGAAGCCUGGCCAGCCCCACCCUGGAAGCAGGAUGCCGGGCAGCGCUGGGGGCUGAGGCUGCUCGCCCGGUGGCGCCACGCCCUGCCCCUGGUGGCCACCGUCCUGACGUGGCUAGCCACGGGCUCCACCAUGUCCGGCCUGAACAAGUGGAUCUUUGCCGUCCACAAUUUCCGCUACCCGGUGCUGCUCUCUUCCUUCCACAUGCUGACGGCCGUGGUGGUGGGCAGGCCCCUCGCCUGGCUCCGCCCAGGAGGCUCCGUCCCCUCGUCCCUCCACCCCAAAGCCCAGCUCCGGGUGUUCCUGCUCAGCCUGACCUUCUGCGCCAGCGUGGCGUUCGGCAACCUGGGCCUCAACCACGUCCAGCUGGACUUUGCGCAGAUGGUCUACACCACCACGCCGCUCUUCACCCUGGCCCUCUCAGAGCUGCUGCUGCGGAAGCGCCACCACCCCCUGCAGUACGCCGCCAUGGGCCCCAUUUGCCUGGGGGCUUCCCUCAGCUUCGUGGCGGAGGUGCACUUCGACCGGGCCGGCUGCUGCUUCCUCUUCGCCGCCACUUUCCUGCGAGGCCUGAAGUCCAUUCAGCAAAGUACCCUCUUGCAGGAAGACCACCUGGACUCCUUGAGGCUCCUGUGCCUGACUUCGCUGCCCAGCUUCUGCCUCCUCUUUGUGGCCGCACUGGGCAUGGAGGUGGGCUCAGCCUGGGAGGGCCUGCUGGACUACGAGGCCAGCCUCUGGACCUGCGUGCUGCUCAGCUGCCUGGGCUCGGUCCUGUACAACCUGGCCAGCUUCUGCAUCCUCUCGCUGACCUCCGCCCUCACCAUCCACGUCCUGGGGAACUUUAACGUGGUGGGCAACCUGCUUCUCUCCCACUGGCUUUUCGGAAGCCACCUGACUUUGCUGAGCUACCUGGGCAUCGCUCUCACGCUGCUGGGCGUCCUCAUGUACCAUCACUCGGAGCGUAUUGCUGCUUGCUGGCGCUCGCGGGCGGGCCCGGCCAAAAAAGAAUAGGGGUUGGCGGUGGCGGUGGUCAGA